CUAAGCUGGAGAGAAUGAUGAGCAUUCCCACUUUCUCCGGUCAGCACUAUGACUGAAAAUCUAGCUUGAAAUGCCUUUCUCCGGCCACCCUCUAUAUAUAUAUCUUCUCUAAUUUACCUCCAUUUUUAUCUCCAUAAAUUUACCCACUUUACUGCAUGCUGCUUUCACUACAAUAUCUUCACUUUCCUCAACAAUCAAUCGGAAUGGAGAACUUAGGAGUGGAUGGAGAGAUGAAGAAGCUGAUAAGUGAGCUAUCUCACGGGCGGGAUGCCGCCGCGCAACUUCAGAUGAUUCUGAACGGGCCGGCGCCUCCGCCGACCCGUUCUGAUCAAGAAGCUUGCGAGCUUUUGGUUCAGAAUGUCUUGUCUUCCUACGAAAAGGUGCUCACCAUGCUCAAUUCCGAAUCUUCGACGGCGAACACUACUCGGGCGGCGGUGCCACCAUCUCCGGCAGGGGCCACAUUUGGGAUUCAAUCUUCUUCUUCACUUUCCGGCAGUCCCCACAGUGAAGAUUCCGACCGGGAUGGCGACGGGUCUCGUAAGAGGAAAGCUCCUCGUUGGACGCAAAAAAUUAAGGUUUGCAAGGGAUCAGAGCCUGAAGGACAUGUGGAUGACGGGUAUAGCUGGAGAAAAUAUGGGCAGAAAGAAAUCCAUGGAAGCAGAUAUCCAAGAGCUUAUUUCAGAUGUGCACAUAGACACACCCAAGGUUGUUUGGCAACCAAACAUGUCCAAAGAUCCGAUGAGGACCCGAACAUUUUCGACAUUACUUUCCGUGGAAAGCACGCUUGCAAGCAGUUCCAGCCCGGUAACAGUAGCCCGCCACCACUGCCACCACUGCUAAUCCCACCGCAAAAUCAAGAACCAAUAAUCUCGGCAAUGGAAAGCCAACUUGUGAUUAACCCCUUCACCAAACAAGCCCAACGCCUGUCAGGAGACGUCCUUAAAGUUGAAACCGGCAAUUUGAACAAUGCCCAUCAAGAAAACAAUCUAUUGUUCAAUUAUUUUGACCUCUCUUCAUUAAGCUCAAAUCCCAAAAAUGAUCACUAUAGUUUCCAGCCUUACGACCAGAAUUUCGGCUGGAAUGUUCCGUCAGGCGGCUUUGGUCUUAUUGAUGGCGGCGGAAGCCAAAAUGUUGAGCUAAAAUCAGAAUUAGCUGCAUCUAGUGAAGCUAGUAGGAUCACUCCCCCUCCUUCAAGGGCGGUUCAAACGACAAACUUGUCUUUCGUUGACCAAGGAUUCCCUUUUGUCACAAUGGGAUUUGACUCUAAUUUCACCUUUGGUGACCAUGAUGAUUUCUUCCCAUAGCUCAUUUUCAGAUGCGACUUGAAGGCUAGGAUCAAGGAUGUGAGAGUAAUUAAGUAGUACGAAGUAUAUAAUCGGACUGUGCUUUGGGGUUCUGAAAUGCCAAUGGAC